AUGUCAAUUGUUAAAUCCUCAAAAAAUAAGGAUCAACUUCUUCUUGAUGGCUUUCGUUACAGACGUGACAGAAAAUCUCAAACUAUCUGGCGAUGUUGUAGAAAUGAUUGUGGAGGUCGUGCUUCUUUUGAUGGUGCAAUAUAUAUCAAAGUCAACGAUCAUAUUCAUGCACCUAAUCCUGAAGAAACAAUAGCAACAGAAUAUAAAUCAAAAAUUGUGAAUAGCGCAAUAACAUCGCACGAUCCACCUCGACGUAUUAUUCAUGAAGUUUUACUUGGUAUUAGCAAAGAAGAUGGAACAGCUGUUCCAAAUUAUUCAUCAUCGCAACGUACUAUUCAACGAAAGAGAAAAAAAAAAGAAAUGCCAUUACCAAGACCGAAAUCGUUUGAUGAGAUUCAUAUUCCUGAUGAACUUCGAGUAACUAACGGAGGAAACAGGUUCUUAUUGUACGACAAUGAAAGUAGUACUAAUCGAAUGAUUAUAUUAUCGUCGGAUGACGAUCUAGAUCGUCUAUCUAACUCAGAGUUUUGGCACGCAGAUGGUACAUUUAAGAUAGCUCCACAUUUAUUUUACCAAUUGUACACCAUUCAUGGUGUCAUAUGUGGACGUGCAUUACCAUCUGUUUAUUGUAUAAUUUCUGGAAAAUCUGAGGAAAUCUACGGUGAAAUAAUUGACGUUGUGAUGCAGCAUAUUUCUCAACGUCCUAUAUCAAUAACAACUGACUAUGAAAAGGCUGUUCACAACGUGAUCAAGAAAAAACUUCCAAUGGCAACAGUUCAGGGUUGUUUCUUCCACUUUAAACAGUGUUUGUGGAGACAAAUUAACUCUCAUGGAUUACAAAAACUUUUUGUUGAUGAUCGUCAAGUUCGACGUUAUUUGAAAAAUUUCGGUUGUCUUGCACUAAUACCUGAACAAUUCGUGAUAGAAGAGUUCGAAAAGUUACAAGUUGAUUCGCCUGAUUCACUAGACGAUUUUGUAGAUUACUACGAAGACAAUUUUAUAGCCAUUUGGAGCUGUUUUUCUCGUUUGGACAAUCAACUUCCUAGAACGAACAACUCAAACGAGGAUUGGCAUCGUGCUGUUCAGCAUUCAGUACGACUAAACCCAUCAAUAUAUGAAUCAAUAAAAGAUUUACAAAUGGAACAACAUGCAACUUUAGUAAUGGCUGAACAGUUACAAGCUGGACUUGUGAAAAAAGUUAAAAGAGUAAAAUAUGAACUCUUGGAUGAACAAUUACAACAGCUUGCUUCUUCUUUUGAUCUCAUACCAAGAGACUUAUAUUUUAAGCGAGCAAGAGCUCUCUUCAAUUUUUGA